CUUUGAGAAUAAAAUUAACCUUGCUAGUGUAUUGUUGCAGUCAGGGUAUUGUGCUUGUUUAUUGUUUAUCUCCACAGAUGAUCCAUCAUCACCACAACGCAGGUCACCGAGGGACUUUCUCUUGAAAGUACCAGACAGUGAAGGCUCUGAUGGUGGUGGCGGCAGCAGUGGUCGACCCCCAGAGCAUGUACCCCAGGACAAGCGCUCCUCCAUCUUUGGGUACAGUGACCCACAUCGUGGUGGUUCAGAGGAUGGUGACGAUCUGGAUAAUUAUCACCGCCAUGAUGGAGGGUUCACCACCCUCGACCCUCGGUCCAUGAUGGAUCAUAUCUUCAAGAGCUUCAGUUGGGGCAUCAGCGGAUCACUGUUUGGUGGAUAUCAAGAGUCUGAUGGGUUGACUGACAGUGCUGACGACUCUGGUCAACCCAGUGCUGAUGCUGUCAGGAAAGAGGACUCUGAUCUUGAUGACAGGAUAACUGGGGGACUGUCCCAGUUACUAAAGGAUGGACCACGUUACUGGUAUGGAGCAACCGGUGACUCUGGCCAGGGUGAUCCCAGUUACAUACAGUCAGAGACUGUCCAGCCUCAGCCAGGCGUACAUCACAGUUACCGCUCAACCUCUAUUGUUAGGAUCCGACGACCCGAUGGAUCAGUGGAGGAGACCAAGAAGUACACGGACAGUAGCGGACGUGAGGAAGUAGUGGUGACGCACUCUCACCCAGACACCAGCAGUGCCCACCCUGGACAGCCUGAUGGAUCAAGCGGACCGGGACACCUGCCUUCUAUCUUCUCCUGGAUCUUCACUAAAUGAACAUCUACUGGCCCUUUUUGCACACUAGAUGGAGAUCUAUUUCAUUUCUUAGGAGAUAGAUGGAAGUCUGUUGCUUUCGUCACAUGACGAACAGACUUCCAUCAGUUUGGAAGAUGGAUGCAGUGCUAUUUGUUUAGAGGGAAAUCUAGUGCAUUUUAUGAGAUAGAUGACAUUCUACUGCUUCCCUCACAAGAUAGAUGACAUUCUAUUGCCUCCCCACACAAGAUAGAUAACAUUCUAUUGUCUCCCCACACAAGAUAGAUAACAUUCUAUUGCCUCCCCACACAAGAUAGAUAACGUUCUAUUGCUUCCCCACAUAAGAUAGAUAACAUUCUAUUGCCUCCCCACACAAGAUAGAUAACAUUCUAUUGCCUCCCCACACAAGAUAGAUAACAUUCUAUUGCCUCCCACACAAGAUAGAUAACAUUCUAUUGCCUCCCCACACAAGAUAGAUAACAUUUUAUUGCCUCCCCACAUAAGAUAGAUAACAUUCUAUUGCCUCCCCACACAAGAUAGAUAACAUUCUAUUGCCUCCCCACACAAGAUAGAUAACAUUCUAUUGCCUCCCCACACAAGAUAGAUAACAUUCUAUUGCCUCCCCACACAAAAUAGAUGACAUUCUGUUCUCUGCCUCACAAGAUAGACUUGUAAAUAAUGUUUGGAUAUGAAGUAUUAAUAUUAUCCUUAUUAAAGAGUAAUGGAAGAAACUAACUCUUAAUUAGCC